AUAUAUAAGCGUAUUCGUGUAGGUCGUGGUCCUGGAUCUGGUAAAGGUAAAACAGCAGGUCGUGGUCAUAAAGGACAAAAAGCACGAGCUGGUAAUGGACGACCCGUGCCUUGGUUUGAAGGAGGUCAAACACCACUUGUUAGACGCUUACCUAAACGUGGUUUCAAUAACAUUCAUGGUAAAGAAUAUCAAGAAUUAAACUUGGAUAAACUUCAACAUUGGAUUAAAACAGGUCGUCUUGAUGCUUCGCAACCCAUUACAAUGAAACAUUUAUUAGACAGCCGAUGUAUACAUAAAAUUGAAGAUGGUGUCAAAUUAUUAAGUGUUGGAGCAGAUACUUUUAAAACACCUAUUACAAUCGAAGUUUCGAGGGCAUCACAAAAGGCAAUUGAAGCCAUUGAAAAAUCAGGUGGCAAGAUUACAACACGUUACUAUAAUUCACUCGGAUUAAGAGCACUUAUUCAUCCUGAAAAGUUUGUUCAAAUGCCUAAAUUAGCUGCUCCACUAAGAAAAGAAGAUAUCAAAUAUUAUUCAGAUUUAAAGAAUCGAGGAUAUUUAGCAGCUGAACAAGCCUAA